AUGGAACUAAGACCUAACGAUUGGCUCAUACCGGAGGAACCAGAAUCACCAUUUCCCAUCGUAACCAAUUUCUGUGAUAUCGAAUUCGGAUUUGGUAGAGGUUCAGCUGAACUUGGAAUACCUACAGCCAACGUUCCCCUAGAACAAUUGCCACCAGAGACACAAGAUCUAGAAUUGGGAGUAUAUUUUGGAUACGCUCUUUUGAAACGUGUAAACCGUGAAGAUACUACGGCUUUGAGAAAUGACGGUAGAACUGUAACUUAUAACUAUGGCAAACUUCUCAAGGAAACUAAUGAUGAUUUAAAAAUACAUCCAGUGGUCCUUUCAGUGGGAAAGAAUCCAUUCUACCACAAUAAAUUGAAGACGGUGGAACUGCACAUUUUGCACCAUUUCCAAGCAGAUUUCUACGGCGCUCAGGUUAAAUUCAAUCUUCUGGGGCGUAUUAGACCUGAGCUGAACUAUAAUUCCAAGGAGGCACUCAUAGAUGAUAUUAACAAGGAUAAAUUAAUCGCAAGCGAAAUCUUAUCGAGGCCAAACUAUCUGAAAUACCAGAAACAAGUUGACCAUUAG